AUGGCUGUUUCGGAAGUUGAUAAGAUUGGCGAACUCGAAUCAAUGGGAUUUCCAAUGGCUUGCACAACAAAGGCACUCCAUUAUUCUGGUGAGGCAAUUGAUAAGAAUUCUCUUUUCAUUUCUACUUUGCACUUUGUAUUAGUAAAGAUACUUCCAUAUAAGAAUGGACAAGGCUAUGAUGAUGAAAUUCGUGUUAUAUAUAUAUAUAUAUAUAUAUACAUAUAUAUCACUAAUCUUGAACUAGUGAAGACGAUUGAAUUUGUAAACUCUACCAUUCUUACCUGUAGGUUUUAUGAAGGUGUUGUGCAACCUUAUAACCCAGGAAAGAAGAAACAUGUGAUACUAUAUGACAAUGGAGAUGUGGAAGUUUUUCAGUUAUAUAAGGAGCAAGCGGAGGUUAUUAGUGAAGGUUCCGAUCCUAACAAGGUAUUGAUUAACUUAAAUCAUCGAAUGUUUCCCCAUCCAAAGGAAUGCUAUUGCACAGGUAAUAACAAAAGCUAUGAAGACAGAUCUUAUGACAUGAUUUUACACUGAUUUUCUCCUCAUCUGUUUUUAUGUCUCAACUUCAAAUAGGCUUGAGUAACUACAGAUGUUGUCAGUCCCACUGAUAUGUGUUGCAACAAUUCGAGUAGCUUUGGAAGCAGCAGGUUUCCCUGACGUGUCUAUCAUGUCGUGUACUACUAGGUAAUUCUUUUUCCAUUUCCUUAUGAUCAGACUGCAUGUUGGCUAAAUGUGUUAACAUUGCUUGGAUUUGUAGAAGAAAUAAAAGGGGAUCAAAGUCUAUAAUUGUAGAAGAAAUGAAAAAAGAAAAAAGUGAAAAGUGAAUCUAGCAAGCUAGAGAAGGUUCAUAGGUGAUUGCUUGUUAGAGAAUGUCAGCUGGA